UGAAAGAAGGAAGAUGAGAAACCCAGCUGCGUUACUGCCUGCGCACGCGCGGGAUAGACCAAGUAGCGUAGGCGAGCGCGCGCAGGUGCGGGCGGAGCGACGCCGGAGUCGGACGACAUGGCGGCGCACGUGCUAGUGUUCCCGUGCCCGGCGCAGGGCCACAUCAACUGCAUGCUCCACUUCGCUGCGGGGCUCCUCGACGCCGGCCUCCACGUGACCUUCCUUCACACCGACCACAACCGACAGAGGCUAGGCCUUGCCGCCUCCGCCGUCAAGGCGGAGGCUGAUUCACAUUCUCCGCGGCUCCGGUUCCUGUCCGUCACCGACGGCCUCCCGAACGACCAUCCCCGCUCGGCGGGUGACAUCGUCGCGCUCGUGAAAUCCAUGAUGACGACGACGAGGGUCGCUUACCGUGCUCUGCUCACGUCCCUGUGCGCGGGCGCGGCCCGCGACGAUGGCUUCCCUCCCGUGACCUGCGUCGUCGCUGACGGGAUUCUCCCGUUCGCGAUCGACGUCGCUGAGGAGCUCGGUGUCCCGGCGCUCGCCUUCCGCACAGCCAGCGCGUGCAGCUUCCUUGCUUACCUGUCGGUGCCCAAGCUCGUGGAGCUCGGCGAGGUUCCUGUCCCGGUAGGCGCCGACCUCGAUGCGCCCGUCCGUGGCGUUCCGGGAAUGGAAGGCUUCCUGCGGCGGCGGGAUCUUCCUAGUUCUUGUCGCGGGCACGACGAGACCGGCGACGUCGACCCCUUGCUUCAGAUAAUCGCCGAGUUCACCGCUCACAACUGCAAGGCGCGGGCGCUCAUAUUCAACACGACCGCGUCGCUGGAGCGGUCGGCGCUCGCGCACAUCAAGCCUCACAUACGCGACGUCUUCGCCAUAGGCCCUCUCCAAGCCAUGUUCCAGGAGCCGGCGGCCGGCGGCGCCUUGUGGAGGGAGGACGACGGCUGCACGGCGUGGCUCGACAGCCAGGCGGACGGAACCGUCGUGUACGUGAGCUUGGGCAGCCUCGCCGUCAUUUCAGUUGAGGAGUUCACCGAGUUCCUGUCAGGACUCGUCAGCGCCGGCCACCCCUUCCUUUGGGUGCUCAGGCCGGACAUGGUCGGGGCAAGCCAGAAUGCCGUCCUCCAGGACGCCAUCAGGACGGCCGGAAAAAGCAAGGCCCGCGUCGUGGAGUGGGCGCCGCAGCGGGACGUGCUGCGCCACCGAGCAGUGGGCUGCUUCCUGACGCAUGCCGGGUGGAACUCCACGCUAGAGAGCGUGGCCGAGGGCGUGCCGACGGUGUGCUGGCCAUUCUUCGUGGACCAGCAGAUCAACAGUCGGUUCAUGGGCGCCGUCUGGGGCUCGGGGCUGGACAUGAAAGACGUGUGCGAGAGGGCCGUCGUGGAACGGAUGGUGAGGGAGGCCAUGGAGUCCGUCGAGCUAAGGAGAUCGGCUCAAGCACUGGCGCAGCAGGUGAGACGGGACAUCGCCCAAGGGGGCUCGUCGGCGAAGGAGUUCAAGCGGCUCGUCGGCUUCAUCAUUGAGCUCAGCAUCAGCACGCGGGGGUCCACGCCAAGUCCGGACAAAGAAUAAGGGCCAGCCGGCAUUGGCACCUUGUUAUCGAUGUUGCUGUGUGAGUCUUGCCAAAAGGCAGACGGACAUGACAAUGCCAGUUUGAAAUGACAUUUGUUGCUGCUAAAUCCAUGUGAUACCACAUUGCACCGUGACAAUUCGCUACGAUGUUUAA